CAUGAGGGUUUAUCUUCUACAAAUAACCGAAUUCGAGCAUGUUAGCAGAAUUGCAACCAUGGCUUGCUACACUUGUGCUGCGGUAAUAGGGGCAAACCCCACGCCGAUAAAAUCUUCAAAAUUCCAAAUUUUCACUCCCAACGACUGUCUUUCUCUCCCAAUUAUCCCAACAAUCAAGAAAAUAAUUCUCAGAACCAACAGGCCCCUUUCACUUUCAGUCCUUCAUUGUUCAAGCUCCAGCUUUUCCUCAGCAACACUUUCACAGUCGGAAACCGAAGACGAUGAGUACAGCGGCGAAGAAGAAGAAGACGAAAACGGAAAUGGAUCGGCGUCAUUUUCCGCCGCGGCGGCGGCGACGGGGAGUUUGCCGCCGUUGAAACAGAAAAGAAGGAGGUACAGAAAGCAAUACCCUGGCGAGAGCAAGGGUAUCACUGAAGAGAUGAGAUUUGUCACGAUGAAGCUUCGCAAUAGUGGCAAACCGUCAAAGAGUAAGCGGAGAGGUGAGAGUGAGAAAGAAUCGGGAGAUAGUGGCAGUGAAGAAGCAAUGGAGGAAGGUGAGGUCAGUGACAGUGAAGGGUCGGUUUCAGUUGAUGAAGAUGACGGGGAUGAAAAUGGCAAGUCUUGGCAGCCUAGUGUGGAAGGAUUCUUGAAGUACCUUGUGGAUACUAAGCUUGUGUUCGGCACAAUUGAACGCAUUGUUGAUGAAUCCAGCGAUGUUUCCUAUGCUUACUUCAGAAAGACUGGAUUAGAACGAGCAGAUUGCAUUUCCAAAGAUUUAGAAUGGUUUAGCCAACAGGGUAAUGUUAUACCAGAACCUAGCAAUCCUGGUGUUGAUUACUCUAAGUAUCUCGAGGAGCUCGCGGAGACUAAUCCCCCAUUGUUUCUCUGCCACUUCUACAACAUAUACUUCUCCCAUAUAGCUGGAGGUCAAGUUAUAGCUAAAAAGGUUUCUGAAAAGCUCUUAGAAGGAAGAGAAUUGGAGGUCUACACGUGGGAAGGAGACCCCGAGAAGCAGCUGCAGGGCGUAAGGGAGAAGCUCAACAUGCUCAGUGAGCACUGGUCUAGAAAGGAGAAAAACAAAUGUUUGCGGGAUAUACCCAAGGCAUUCCGGUUUAUGGGGCAGAUAGUCCGGUUAAUCGUCUUCCUGUAAAACAGGCAGUUCCAUUCCAACCCAAAGAGCGCACUUAUAUCUUUCGAUGGUGAUAUAUCAUCAUAUGUGUUCAACUUGGAACUCCCAAUUCUCAUCACCAAAGCCAUCUUCUUGGAGCUACAAAAUUGAUGGAAUCGGGAACCAACUUGUUAACAGGUUCAAUCACCGACUUGACCAUUAAGUUUUAGGUGGGUGGGUGGGUGGUCAACUAUGAUGCACGGAAACUUUAAGCGUUUGUGCACUUCAGGAACAUUUCCUCUCAUGAUCAGAUAUGCAUAUUCAUGACCCACAAAGGCAUAAAGACAAGUAGGCUGCUUCUAAAUCAUGUUUAAAGUCAAACCAAGUAGUUGUUGGAUAAGGUCAUGUCGUCAUCUUACUAUCUUUAGGCCAUUUUUCUUCCAGCUUUAAGCUUUGACAAAUGUUACAUUAUUGACGAAUUCUUUUAUAUGAUCAUAUUGUACGAAUUUAAUAAUCCUUGUCAUUGAUAUUCAAGCUAUAAUUCUGUGAUUUUGCC